AUCAUUAGACUAACCCAUGUCAAAUUAUCACAUGCCAGUGUUACGCCUUUUUUUAGUUAAAAACAAAACAACAGUGUAUAGAUUCGACUUAAUAUGAACGUUCCAUAUAUUGACUAAGGUGCGCUGGGGCACUCGGGAGAAGAAGGGCGCCAAGUUUCUAGAGUAAGAGGCUCGGAGCCGUGGAGGAAGAAGUUUCCGUCUCUUGGAGACGUCGGCGCGCUCCCUUUAAAUCCAGGUCAAGGAGCGUCUGGCCACGCCCCGUUCGCAGCAGCCGUAAAGUGCGGCGUCUUGGCCACACCCCUUCCCGUGCUGCUUGUGACGCCGGCAGCCUUGGCUUUUAGCGCGGGAAAAGGAAGCAGGCCGGUGCGCUCGGCUGUGAAGUGGGAUCGGCUGUUUUCGCCGAGGCCGCCGCCCGGGCGCCUCUCUGCAGGCCAUGGGGCUUCUGGAAUUGUGCGAGAAAGUGUUCGGCACCGCCGACCUUUACCAAGUGUUGGGCGUGCGGCGCGAGGCCUCGGACGGCGAGGUUCGGCGCGGCUACCACAAGGUGUCUCUGCUGGUGCACCCGGACCGGGUGGGCGAGGGCGACAAGGAGGACGCCACCCGCCGCUUCCAGAUCCUCGGGAAAGUUUAUUCCGUUCUGAGUGACAGGGAGCAGAGAGCAGUGUACGAUGAGCAGGGAACAGUGGAUGAGGAUUCGGAUAUGCUCACCCAAGAUCGGGACUGGGAGACGUAUUGGAGAUUACUCUUUAAAAAGAUAUCUCUAGAAGACAUUCAGGCAUUUGAGAAGACAUACAAAGGUUCUGAAGAAGAGCUGGCUGAUAUUAAACAGGCCUAUCUGGACUUCAAAGGUGACAUGGACAAGAUCAUGGAGUCUGUGCUAUGUGUGCAGUACACAGAGGAACCCAGGAUAAGGAAUAUUAUUCAGCAAGCCAUUGAUGCUGGAGAGGUCCCAUCCUAUAACAUCUUUGUUAAAGAAUCAAAGCAAAAGAUGAAUGCGAGGAAAAGGAGGGCUCAGGAAGAGGCUAAAGAAGCUGAAAUGAGCAAGAAGGAGUUGGGGCUUGAUGAAGCAGUAGAUAACUUGAAAGCACUCAUUCAGAGCAGACAAAAGGAUCGGCAACAGGAAAUGGACAAUUUUCUGGCUCAGAUGGAAGCAAAGUACUGCAAACCUUCCAAACGAGGUGGGAAAAAAACAACUCUCAAGAAAGAAAAAAAAUAAUGGAACUUUGUCUUCAAAGGUCCUUAGGUGUUGAUUGGUGCCAUUGUAAACAAGAUAUAGUCAAGAUUUGAAGACAAAUGUUAAUCCAACCUUUGAGAAAAGUUUUCUUUCCAGCCUCAAGUAUUAAGAUCAACCAUAUAAAUCAAGUAGAAUCUCUCAGUAUGAUUUUAGUAUAUUCUAGAACUCCCCUGACCUUCUGUGAGGUCCUUGUGUGAAGGAAUUUGUUGGUGAUCCUUGAGGGAACUGGGGAGGUGGUGUACUUGUUGACAGCACUUGCUUCUAUGGAUCUCUGUAGGACAAACUCUAGAAUAAGGGUCUGAACAGUUGGCAUUUUGUCACACAGGAGCUUCAGCAUGUUCAGAGUGACAUGUGUUUAUUAGAACAGGUAUUCUACCUAGAAAGAACAUCUUUCGAACAGUUGCUGGACUUCUAUCUUCCAAAUACUUGCCAGUUUGCUUUUGGUCUUAGUAUUCUUGAAUAGACUCUCUCUCCUUUUUGUUUUACUCAGCCAGGUUUUGUACUCUUUGCUUGAAAUAUAGGAGAAAUAGGUGUUCAGAUUACUUCAGGCAUCUUUGUAAGGCUUAUACAUGAUUAAGUAAACAAGCAAAAAAUGACUAAAAUCUUGGGGCUUUUAAAGUGAUCCCAGUGAUCAUUUAAAAUAUCUAGACAAAAUAUGAAUGUUUAGGAUAGAGAAGAGAGAAGAGUAAUCUUAGCAAGCAUUACAGUAUGGCCUGCUUUAAAUAGUACAGAGAGAGGGUGUGGUCCUGCCUGUAACUGCUGAAUGUCCUUACAUCACUGAGCUUGUCUGAACUUACUUCUCUUCUGUAAAGGGUGAGGGAGUUGAGCUAAAUGACUUAGAGGCUCUUUCUGACUUUUAUUAACUCUUAACUUUAAAGGCAAGCUAUUGUGAUUCAAGAUGGCUUGGAUUAUUAUCAUGUAUUCAUAAUAUUGAUUUAUGAGAACAGUAGAGAGGUUUUCAGUUAUAUAUAAUUGAAUUGGUAUGUAUUCAUUGGAAUAAAUGGAAAUUUUUUAGGGACUGUUCAACUUAAAAAAUCUCUGAUUUGUAGACUAAUAUAUUUAAUACCAUAUGCAUUAAACAAGCCUUCUAUUA